UCAGAAGUGACUGACAACUUUCGGCUGUUUGAUUUUUCGCUAAUUCACGCUGGUCGCGGUGUUUUGGGACUCAAAGCUGAUUUUGGUUGUUUAUUAGAGCAAGAUGAGUUCGAUUGGUACUGGAUACGACCUCUCAGCAUCGCAGUUCUCCCCGGACGGUCGAGUAUUCCAAGUGGAAUACGCUCAGAAGGCAGUCGAGAACAGCGGAACAGUAAUUGGCCUCCGAGGCAAAGAUGGAGUGGUGUUUGCAGUGGAGAAGCUGGUGACAUCAAAGCUGUACGAGCCCGGGGCAAAUAAAAGAAUCUUCAACAUCGACGAGCACGUGGGUAUGUCUGUAUCUGGUUUGAUCUCAGACGCUAGACAAAUAGCGGAGAUAGCUAGAUCCGAGGCAGCCAGUUACCGUGCACAGUAUGGAAUUGGUAUUCCCGUGAAAUAUCUCAACGAGAGAGUUGCGAUGUACAUGCACGCUUACACCCUCUACUCAGCAGUGAGACCUUACGGCUGUUCAGUAAUUCUUGGGGCAUACGAGACCAAUGGCCCCGCCAUGUACAUGAUUGACCCGUCUGGUGUGUCCUACGGAUACUUUGGCUGUGCCGUUGGAAAAGCCAAGCAAUCUGCCAAAACUGAAAUUGAGAAGCUCAAGCUGGCUGACAUGACCUGCAAGGAACUUGUCAAAGAGGCUGCACGAAUUAUUUAUCUCGUUCACGAUGAACUUAAGGACAAACAAUUCGAACUCGAGAUGAGCUGGGUGGGCGCCCACACCAACGGCAAACACGAGCGUAUUCCACACGAAAUUAAAACAGAGGCUGAAGCCAAAGCUCGUCAGGCCAUGGCCGAGGACUCUGACAGCGACACCGAGGACAUGUAGAGGAUUAAUUAUCAGUUAAUGGUUUUUUUAUAAUUAUUGUACUGUACACGAGAAGUUUUUUCGGAUUAAAUGCGAUGAUUGGAAGAGA